UCAAUACUUGCCCACACGGCCUCACCAACUCCAUUCUCAAUUUCAUCUAAAAAAGGCGAAAAUCUCUAUCACCAUCUUCCAUCGACUAAUCAAACCUCACACGCCUCCGUUGGUCGCCACACGCCCCCCUUUCUACUCCCCAAAUCCACCCGCUGACUUCUAUUCUCCGGCCAGAAUCGGAAUUUAGGGUUUGGGCUAUCGGGAAUCCCCUCUCUCCUCAUAUGGCCAUGUCGAGCGCAUUUGCUGGGGCCAAGCUCGAGUCUUUGCGGCCCUGCAAUGCCUCGGCCGCCGCCUCCCCUUCGCUGCCGGGAGUGCUCUGCAAGCCAGCUCGAACUACUCGAGCUGCUUCAAACCGUAGGGUUUGGUUCAAUUCUCCCAUCAAGUGUGAGGGAUCGCCGCCCGAUGUUGUGGUUCAGACUCGGAACAAUGCGGCUUCCGCUUCCAGCCUCUCUGCUCUCGAACAGCUCAAGACUUCUGCUGCUGACAGAUAUUCCAAGGAAAGGAGCAGUAUUGUGGUCCUUGGACUUAGCGUACACACUGCACCAGUUGAAAUGCGUGAAAAACUAGCCAUUCCAGAAGCAGAGUGGCCGAGAGCCAUUGGGGAACUCUGCAAUUUGAAUCAUAUUGAAGAAGCAGCAGUUCUUAGUACUUGUAACAGGAUGGAGAUAUAUGUUUUAGCUCUAUCUCAACAUCGUGGUGUUAAAGAAGUGACUGAAUGGAUGUCAAAGACUAGUGGAGUCCCUGUUUCAGAGAUUUGCAAGCACCUAUUUUUGUUGUAUAACAAAGAUGCUACACAGCACCUCUUUGAGGUAUCAGCGGGGCUAGACUCCUUGGUGUUGGGAGAAGGUCAAAUCCUUGCACAGGUCAAGCAAGUGGUCAAGGUUGGUCAAGGUGUGACCGGCUUUGGAAGGAACAUCAGUGGACUGUUCAAGCAUGCAAUCUCUGUAGGAAAGAGAGUUAGAACUGAAACAAACAUUGCAGCAGGGGCUGUUUCUGUAAGUUCAGCUGCCGUGGAGUUGGCCCUAAUGAAGCUUCCUGAGUCUUCUCAUGCCAGUGCUAGGAUGUUGGUGAUUGGAGCAGGCAAGAUGGGGAAGCUCGUGAUCAAGCACUUGGUUGCCAAGGGCUGUACUAAGAUGGUGGUUGUUAACAGAAGUGAGGAUAGAGUUGCUGCAAUCCAGGAGGAGAUGAAGGAUGUUGAGAUAAUCUACAAACCCUUUGCCGAAAUGCUCAACUGUGCUGCCGAGGCAGAUGUAAUAUUUACUAGCACUGCAUCAGAGACCCUUUUGUUUCGGAAAGAGCAUGUGAUGGGCCUUCCCCCUGUAGGCCCUGGUGUCGGAGGUUUAAGGCUUUUUGUUGAUAUCUCUGUCCCUAGGAACGUGGGUGCUUGCGUGGAUGAGCUCGAGACUGCAAAAGUGUACAAUGUAGAUGAUCUUAAGGAAGUUGUCGCGGCCAAUAAGGAGGAUAGGCUACGAAAAGCAAUGGAAGCUCAAGCAAUCAUUGGUGAAGAAUCAAAACAGUUUGAAGCUUGGAGGGACUCGCUGGAAACUGUCCCCACCAUCAAGAAAUUGAGGGCUUAUGCUGAAAGAAUAAGAGUUGCUGAGCUUGAGAAAUGUUUGUCAAAAAUGGGUGACGAUGUUACAAAGAAGACGAGGAAAGCUGUUGAUGAUCUCAGCAAGGGUAUAGUAAACAAGCUCCUUCAUGGUCCCAUGCAGCACUUGAGGUGUGAUGGAAGCGACAGCCGGACUUUGAGUGAGACCCUUGAGAACAUGCAUGCCCUAAACAGGAUGUUCAACCUUGAGACCGAGAUUUCAGUUUUGGAACAGAAGAUUAGAGCUAAGGUGGAACAAACAAAGAAGUGAGAACCUUUUCCGGGAUACAUUAAUAUAAAUUUUGAGGGCCAAAAUUCAAAUAAGAGGAAGAAUUCCUCAGCAAAGUUCUCAAUCAAAUGAUCAAUUCUGCUGUAAAUCUAACCGGAUACAUUAACAUAGGAAGAUCUUUCCUAUAGUUUUGGUGGAGAAUUCCUCAUUUCCCGAGUGUCAUUGAACAUAGCUACACUGAUUCAUUAUUGCAAAGAGUAUGAAUUGAGCUCAAUCCACAUUAGGAACAAUUCAUUGGAGUAGUCCACAAACACUUGAUACUGCUCCUACUCCUGUAAGUCUGCAAUACUUCAUUAAUCAUUAUUCAAUACUCUUAUCUACUAUCUGU